AACAGGUCUAUAUCAUCCUCACACAAGAUAAUUGGAUUAUUAAACAGCACAACCACAUGAAUUUUUUUAAAGUAGCUUAUAGCUUGUAUACUAGUAAACAGAGGCUAAUGAGCUUCAGUAAUUGAACACUGUGACUGGACUCAAUGGCUGAAGGGGCGUUCAGUCGAGGUUCCGCCCUCAGGACGGUUUGCUCGGUCCCUGUCAUCACCGAGAGUGUGCGAACCGAAAUAAGUCGGUUAUUAGUGUCUGAGGGAGAGAUUCCUCCGCUCGUGAGUGGGUCAUGACGCGGGUGUGAGUGUAAUGUGACGCGCGGACCGGGACAGGUGUGUUACCUUUGGCUGUGAAGGCUGGAAAUGGCCACGGAUCCGCAACAUGCCGACGAAACGAAUUGCUUUCCUUGAACGCUGUUGUUUCUGACUAGAAGCGUGUUUGGGAAGUGGAUCGGGCCGAGCCGGUGACUUUUACAGUCUCUACUGAUUGAUCGCGAAUAGUUCCUGGCGACUUUUAAACGGGUGAAGACACGCGAACCACUCCCCGAGCACCGGACACCGAGCUCUCCUUCUGAUUGCAGGUACGCGCAUCCGGUGUGAACGCGGAUUGUGCGGUUCUGACGCAUUCCCGAGCCGCGCUGCGGUAUGUGUGAGACGGUGAUGGCCGUGUCUCAGCUGGACAUCGAGUCUCAUCCACCGGAGAACGGCUUCGUCACCCCCGAAACUGAUAAAAGGCAGGGUUUACUUUCGCAGAUCGAUAACCGCGUGCUGCCUCACUUGGGCGGAUUUGGGAGAUUUCAGAAACUGCUGGUCCUUUUAACAUGCAUCCCGGCCAUUUUCAUAGGCUUCAGCCAGUUUUCGGACAGUUUUCUCCUGUAUGUGCCCCAUCCGUGCGCUCAGGUGCAGCCGAACUCGUCCAAUGUGUCGGCUGUGGCUAAUGGAAACGACCCCACUAAUGGGUCAUCAUCAUCAUCAUCAUCAUCACAAUGCGUCUGUACGCAGUCAGGAUGUCAACUGCAAAUUGGACUAGAGCAAAAUGUUGUCACCAAGUGGAAGCUAGUGGGCGACUCUGACUGGAUAGUUCAUAUAGCCAAGUUCUCUCUGUUGGUGGGCUCCAUCUUUGGAUACUUGGUGUUGGGAGUUUUGGCGGAUUGGAUUGGAAGGUACCCGGUCCUGAUCCUGUCCGUCAUCUUUAUGUUAUUUUUCGGCAUUACGGUGGCCUUCUCCGUCAACGUCCCAAUGUUCAUCACCCUGCGCUUCUUUGAGGGCUUUUGCUUGGCAGGAAUCACUCUCUCGCUCUAUGCUCUGAGGAUAGAGCUGUGUCUGCCGGGAUGGCGUUUCUCCAUGACUAUGGUGGCAAACUUCAUGAUGUUGGCGGGACAGUUGCUCUUGCCGGGAUUGGCAGUCCUCUGUCGAGACUGGCAGGUUAUGCAAGUAGUCGUAAUCGCCCCUCUCUUACUCAUGCUGUCUUAUAUCUGGAUAUUUCCGGAGUCUCUGCGCUGGCUGCUUGCGACGCAGCAGUACAGUCGCUCCAAAUGGAUCAUGGAGCGCAUCGCGGUAAAGAACAACAUCAAUCUAGAGGAGGACGCAGAGGAGCUCAUGACCGAGCUGAAGCAAGCGCUGCCGAAGCAAUCCAAGAGGACAUGCAUUGUGAAGAUGGUUGGCAUAAGGACCCUGUGGAAGAAUCUAGUAGUGCUCUGCGUCAACUCACUGACGGGUUACGGCAUACACCACUGCUUCGCCCGCAGCCUGGAGGAGAAAGAUGACUAUAACCACCAAGAGUUCACCUUCCCUAACUUCUUUGCCAAAUACUACUCCACGGGGGGCAUUGCUGUGGCGUCCUGCGUGGCGCUGUGCCCUGCCGUGGGUGUGAUGGGCCGGCGCGGGGGUCUCCUCUUGUUCAUGAUCAUCACAGCUCUGGCGUCUCUCCUUCAGCUCGGUCUGCUAAACUUGGUGGGGAAGUACGGUGAACUGAUAAAUAUUGGCUCUGACACGCUGAACUCCAACUUCUCAAAGGCUUUCUCCAUCAUUGGCAUGUUCUCCUCCCAUGCUGUCAGCAACCUAAGCAUCUUUUUUUGUGCUGAAGUCACCCCAACUGUGAUAAGGGGUGGCGGUCUAGGUCUUGUCCUGGCCAGUGCUGGUUUUGGUAUGUUGACCGCACCCAUCAUGGAGCUGCAUAACCAGAAAGGCUAUUUUCUGCAUCAUAUCAUUUUCGCCUGUUGCACUCUUAUCUGCAUCAUUUGCAUCUUGCUGCUGCCAGAGCCUCGCAAUCGACCACUACCAGAAGCGUUAGCAGAUGGUGAAAGCUACACCCGCCAACCGUUACUGCCAAUUCGCAAACCGGGCGAGCAACGUCUUCUGCUGACCAAGUCCGAGAGCCGCGAGAAUGCAAGGGUUGGCGACACCCCUCUCCACGAAGCAGCUGUCACUGCUGUUUCCACUAUGGACCCUACUGCCUCACCUGACAUCGAUCUUCUCAUUGAUGCCCCCCGACAGACAGUGCUAUUCAGUAGGAAGACUUCUACCCAAGAGCAAGAUAAAAUCAAGCAAUCUGCAUCCAUGCCGGAAACCUUUGCCUCAUCCAGAGAGGAUCGUCUCCUUGCCUCUAUCCCAAACACUUCUACCCCAGUCACUAUUAACUAUAUUCAGACACCUAGAACAGAAGUCCUUCUGCCUUCUUCAACUGUGGAAACUCCUUCAAUCACUGAUCCUACCCUCGAGACCUCUACUUCUGCCAAUCUCCAAACUCCUUCGCUUUUAGAUAUAGUUACACCAGCUGAAUUACCCUCGCCGGUUGUUAAUGAUAUCAGCUUCCUAACUGAAGUGGGCUCUACAGGUCCUGCUCCAACCAUUCCUCUCUGCACAAUCAACUUGUCUGAUCCAUCCACCGGACAAUCGCCUUCAAAUGAGAUUCCUCCCUCUUCCUCAAUAGACUCCCCUGUUCACCUAGUCACCUCUUCCCCAACAGAACUGCCUUUAACACCAAUACCAGACCAGUCUGGUCCAGUUCAAUCGUUUUCUUCGCCCAUAGAUCCCGGCACUCCAUUGUUACAUUUAGUCGCCCAACCUGUGAUUAAGUCUGGCCCCUCUUCACCAGCCGUAUUGGAGCCAACCUUAAAUAAUGGUACUCCUCUUGCCACUGUGAGUUCAACUGCACCUCAUGCCACAACCACUGACUCUGUUACAGAAUCCAGCUACCCUCUUAUGACUUUCUUGACUGUUUCCUCGCCUAUUGACUCAGGUAUACCUAUAGACAUUGACUUGCCCAUUACAGAAACUAAUACUGCCAAUGGGGAGACGUCUUCAUGAUGCACACAUGUGACUUAAUGGGCUGCCUUAUUAUCAAGAAGCGAGUCUUGUCAUGGGAGCUCAUGCUAGUCAUUGCUAAAAGUAUUUUUAUUUCCCAGCAGCCAUGACCCAAGAAUGGCAAUGCAAGGAGAAGGUAUAAAAGGAUUUGACUGAAAGGGAACAGCUAUAACGGUCGAUGCUCAAAGGGUUUUUACUCACCUGACUUAAAGAGCCUACUUAGGCCAUUCACACAGAACACGUUUUUCCAUUCCAAUAUGCGAUUUUCCAUUAUUUUUCGGUGUAAAUGUGCUAUACGGAUGUGUAUACGCUCGUGUUUUGUGCAGUAUCUUACACAGGAGUGCCACGUUUUUUAAGACGCCGUGUCAAGUUAAAAGAAUUUUAACUUUUACACACAACACCACUCAUCAAUGUCAGUUCCAAAAUAGUGGACCAAUCAGACACUGGAGGCGGGGCAAUCAAGUUGGCUCGGCGUAUUUAGAUGCAAAGACGUGUUCUGUGUGAACAGCCCCUUACUGUGGUGCCAGAAACUGCUUUUUGGGCAGCUAGAUCCAAAUUCCCAUGUGUUAUCAAUGAGUCAUUUUCUCUCAAUCACGAAAAUUUGCAAUAUUCAGGUGGGAAAACAGCAUCUGUGAAGUCCAGUAGCAAAGGGAAUUUCUCAAAAAGCCAACAUUGUAUAUUUAACACUGGGAAUGUUUGCCAUUGUGUCUUGGAGUGGAGGGAAAAUACCUCUAUGAAUUAGGUGUCAAAGAAACACCAGUUACUGUGUUCAAAAGAAAAGUGAAGAACCAUAUGCAUAUUUCCAUAAUGGAUGUAAAAAAGACACUACACGGAGACUUUUCAAAAUGGUAUUCAUGUGGUAAAUUUUAGGCUAAUGAUUUUUAAGCUAAUCACUUGUUUCUGGUGGGGGGGAAAUCAUUUUGAGGUUAUAUACUUAAUGUCUUAAGUGACCACAAUACUCUCAAUCAAGUGAAUGCAACAGAUGUAUUGUGAAUGUGACAACUUUUUAUGCUACUGUGGUACUGACUGCUUAAAAAAAAAAACUAAAAAUUAUGUUACUGUGUGUACUAUGUCAAUGAGUGUAAGCGCAUUGGUAUUUUGUUACCAUGUCUAUGGCACUUUAUCGUUCACAAUGACAAAAAAAAAGCGUGUGAACGUGAAAAUGAGUGACUUUGAAGUACGGAGGACAAAUAAUAAUUUGAGGAACGACUACAAUUGUCAUCUUUACAUUUAAACCUACGGCAAUAAUAUUUUUAUAAUGUGCAACCAUGCCAUGAGUUUACUGUUAAAAAACAGAAUACUAAUAUUUCAUACUAAUUUUGAAUUACUAAAAAUAUCUGCUAAAAUACUGCAUCAGGUGUCUAAAACCAUUAGAGGAGAAAUGAAGUACGGACCUGUAUUUGGCACCAAACGUAACAUUACGUUCUGAAAAUAAUUUGUUCAAUUAUGGAUGAUGGCCUACUCUUAAUCGUUUCACCUAAUAUUUAGUUCCUUUUUAGCUUCAAUAAAAAGUAUUAUUUCCCUGAAGUAUGUAAAAUGUUUCAUAGAAAGGUUUUUAAAUGUUUGUUAACUUAAAUGACAUCUAUUUUGAGUUCUUCCGAGGACGGGCCAUUUUCUUCUCAAAUAUAUCAUGGCCCUCUGUAUCUGGUGACGUUCUGAGAGAUGGAAGGUCAUUAAUGUUCAAGCAUGUUACAUCAAAAGAACAAUCUGAGAUGAAAAAUCACACUUUUCCAUUUGUAAGUACAGCGUGACUUAGUUAACAUGAUUUGACGAUUGAGAAUCGUCCAAACAUUUUGAAGCAAUACGAGGACUUUUACAGUCCCAGUUGAGAUUCAUCUGUUUAAUGAAACUGAUUUCCUAGCCAAGACAUUUGGAGAAAGAUAAAGUCAGAAAAAUAUUUAACAUAAGCGUGCAAAUGAAAACAUGAAUGUGUGGCCAGCGCAUGCCUAACAUGAGAUCUGCAAAUGUUGCUGUCAGUAAUCAAUAUUUAUGAGAGCAAUAGUUUUACCUUCAGUGCUUGUGCCACUGAACCACAUUAGCUUCAAACAUAUUAAACUUUCUCAGCAACAUUUUUCAUGCUUUUAAUUUGCAAUAGUUGAUCUGAAAGAGAAAAAAAAUCUCACCUGAAGACUUUACAGUCUGCUAUAAUGCCUCUUUCAGCAACGCUGCGAACGAAACGCAUCCUUGCAAUCUGAACUGUGUCAAAAAUCUCAUUCAGAACUCAAAACAGCACACGAGAAUGAGAUGUGUAGCUGCAAGGGAUUUUGUUCAGUUAAUUAAUGUCAUAGUUCAGUCUUAACAAUUAGGAAUACACAUACGAAAGCUAUGUUGUGUCUAAAGGCAAAACUCAUUAUACCAAACUCGUGCACAAAAGUCACCCUAAUAAGAACAAUACUCAAUAUUUUCAAUAUUCUUUUGAUGGAGUGAACCGUGCAGAGUUUAGCAUUAAAUUACUGAAGUGCACUUCACAUUUGCAGAUCAACCACUACAUUAUAUUUGAACCCCAUCAAAUUGACCUCUUUUAAAUCUAGUAAACUGACCUGUGAGAUGUGAUCUGGAAAAACCAACAUUAGCCAACGCAAACUCUUCCAAUUCAGAAUUGUGAUAUCUUGAUAAUGUCUCAUGUGCUUGAAAAGGGGAUUUAAUACAGGUGUUCCCUCCGAAUGUAAGAACCAAGAGUACUGGCAAGAGGAUGAAUGUCAAAAACUUGAAUGUUUUGGGAUUAAAUGUACUUUUUUAUUUUUAACAAAUAAUGCACAUGUAUAUAAAGCCAUACGUGUCGUAAUAUACAUCAUUGAAUAAAAUAUAUUUAUUGAUAUAUG